CGUAUGUGAAACGCGUCGCAACUGAAAACUCGCGCGUGCUGCUUAGGAGAACUGUGGAAAUCGCGCGUAAAACGCUCACAAACGGAAACGCGUAGAAUUCUCGCAUUAUCUGUAUAUUAUACGCUCAACUUAUUUGUUGAUUAAGUGGGUGGCCAAUAAAAUAAAAUUGUGGUCAGUGUGCAGUGCCAAAAACCCAAAAAAGAAAAACAAAAGUGACAGCUCACAGAAAAGUUAGAAAGUUUGAGACUCGUUCCUGAAAACAAACCAAAACAGAAGUCGCUCUAAGAUGGCCAAACCGCUGUUAAAUAAUUGCUGCCUGUGCACAUCUCUGCGCAAUGGCUCUAUAAUAUCGGGAAUAUUGGCGAUUGUGCUUUCGAUCAUAACCAUAAUUGUUAUAUUCACGACACGAGUGCAUUUCAAAACGAUUGUUUUCGACUUCAUACCCAAUGAUAUUGUGAAAAUAAUACUUGUGAUUAAUCUAUGCAUGACCAUACUGAUAUCGGUGCUAAUGAUUGCGGGAGCCAUGAAGCGGAACCAUUAUCUGAUGAUGCCGUGGGUUGUUCUCGGAAUUAUGAUCGCGAUUGGACUGCUCAUUUCGGUUAUAUACACCGCCGUUGUCUUCUUCAUCGACGGCUUCGUGCUGACGGGAGUUCUUUGGCUGAUAUUUGGCUUGAUUUGUUGUGCCGUUCUCACCUACUGCUGGUGUGUAGUUUACAGCGAAUAUGCAAAUCUAGCCGAGGAGAACGAGCGCGGCCGCUACAACAAGCAACCCUAUCGUCGCUGAGUCUUCAAUCCACCUACACACACACUCACACAUAAUUUUAUAUGAAUUACUCAUCAUAUUCACGUCCACAUCACACAUACACAACACCAAACCUUACUUAGUUGGUAAUGCUAAAUGAAAACUGCUUAAUUUCGUAAUUAGCUCAUAUGUUUAACUAAUACGUUAAUUGUAAUAUUUAAUAGGCCGAGGCACCGAAUUUAUGCGAGCCGCAAUAAGUGCAAUCGAAUCGAAUUAUUUAACAUUUAAAUAAAACUUUAAUAAACAA